CUUCUAUAUUAAUAAUAAUCUCCUUCACUGUGUAGUCCGGCAUUCUGCUCCCGACCCUUGAGAGCUAGUGCGCCCGUGGCUACCAUCAGCGGUCGCUGCGGGUGUCAUGACACUUACACGGUAACCGGGGCCUGUGAAGGAUGCGGAACUUUGCCUGGUUCGGCACUCGUAAAUGCCCGCCAUCUCGACUUCAGGGUCGUCCGGCCGUAACGGCGCAGGUUCUCUAAGAGAGAUUAUGGCCCUGGGCAAUGUUGUGGGAGGAGUAAAUCAAUAAAUACAGCUUACCACCCAGUUCAACUACAGUCAUUCGUUACCCUUUCCAUUUUCACGUCAUGAAGUUCAACCAGCUCGCCUCGCCCGCCUGGGCUCUCCUGCUCUCCCAAGCCGCAGCGAAGCCCUACAUCGAGUCCAAGAUCGACGUCGACGUCGCCAUCAUCGGCGGCGGCAGCGCCGGCAUCCACGCCGCGAUCCAGCUCAAGGACGCCGGCGCAAAGAUCGCAGUCAUCGAGAAGAAGUCCCAGAUUGGUGGCCACGCGGAGACUUAUAUCAACCCGCAGACCAAGAUUCCGGCCAACGUCGGUGUCGUCCUCCUCGAGAACCAGGAAAUUGUCAGCAACUACUUCUCCCGCCUCAACGUCUCGACCAUCAAGGCCAACCCGCUCACCAGCGCCACCACCGGCGCGUCAAAGAGCUACGACUUCUCCCUCGGGUUUCCUAUUCCGGCGCAGAACGCCUCUGCCACGGCCGGGCAGCAACAGGCGCUCCAGGCUGCCGCGCAGGCCUACUCGACCAACGUGUUAGCCAAGUACCCCUGGAUCGACCAGGGCUUCCUCGUUCCCGACCCCGUGCCGGAGGAGCUCACGCUCCCCUUUGCGGAGCUCGCUCAAAAGUACAACUUCACGGCGCUCCUGACCGUCAUCGCCCAGUUCAACUGGUGGACCGGAGACAUCUCAACGAUCCCGGCAUUGUACGGCAUCAAGGGCCUCGGGCCCGGUCUGCUCCAGAGUCUCUUUGGCGAGUUCAUCCUCUCCGGCAACGGUGAUACCCGGGCUCUGUACGACGCCGCGGCCACGGAGCUCGGCGACAGCGUCCUACUCAACUCCGACGUCCUCAAGGUGAAGCGCGACGUCAAGAUUGACGAGGACACCACCUCGAGCGUCACCGUCCUCGUCCAACAGCCAGGCCAACCCAAGAAGCUCAUCCGCGCCCGCAAGCUCCUCAUCGCCAUUCCCCCUAUCAUGGAGAACGUGGCCAAGUACGACCUCAGCUCGGACGAGCACGCCCUCUUCUCCAAGUUCUCCGCCCUCGGCUACUGGGCCGGCGUCGCCACGAUCCCGGGCCUGAACACCAGCCUCACCAACGUCGGCGUCCAGGACCCCUUCAACCAGCCCGUCGUCCCCGGCACGAACGGCUUCAACACGGCCGGGUCCCCCAACGACUUCCUCGUCGCCGUCGGCUUUCAGGAUACAAACUACACCGAGGCGGACGCCAAGGCCGUCCUCGUCAAGAACUUGGCUACGCUGGCCGCCGUCGGUGCCGUUCCCAAGGACGCGGCGCAGACGGUCACAUUCCCCUACGUCUCGGACCACAAGCCCUACAAUGUCCGCGUCUCGACCGAGGAGAUCAAGGGCGGGUUCUACGGGAAGCUGCUUGCUUUGGAGGGAGCGCGUAACACGUACUGGGCUGGCGCUACGUUCUCUGGCCACAACAGCGCGCUGGUGUGGUCGUUCAAUGAGGGGACGGUUUUGCCAGGUCUGAAGAAGGAUCUUGGUCUGUAGUGGAAAUACACUCUUACUAGCAUGGCGAAGGAGGCUGGAAGCUUGAAAUGGGCAUAUUAGAGCCUUGGCCCCCAGCCUACAUAGAAAAAUCAUCUCAGUAUCAAUUUCUGCGCCAAUCUGAUAGCUCUUCCAGGAUUAGGUGAAAUGAUAAUCGCG